AUGUCUUCCAACCAGAACGACGAGACCUACAACGACUACAAGACCGAGGGUGGUGAGAUCCCUGUCCAAGAUGACAGCGCCCCCGUCGAGGAGGGUGUCGAUGCUGCGACCGCCGACUCGGACGCUCAGCUCGAGCGUGAUGACAACGAGGCUAUCGACAAGUCCAACAUUGUCGAUGGUCGUACCCGCGGCGCCAAGCCAGAGGCUGGCUCCUACCGUGAGCCUGGUGAUGGCGAGGGAUUGCCAGCAUAG